CACACACACACACACACAGCUGAUGUCAGACUCGAGUCAUGUCGACCCUCCUCAGCACCAUGCAUCAGCACCGUCAUCUUCAUGGCUUUUCUACAGAGAUCUAACUGAUGAUGGAUCUAUUCCGCAGAGGAGAGCUGGGGCUGCUGGGAGGAGAGGGGCUGAGAGAUGAUGUGGGUGUUCCCGGGAUCAGUUGGUCGGCUGAUCGGCUGCCAGAGGACAUGUACCCAGCGUCAGGACUGGCCCUGGCCGCUGCAUAUCAUGACAUCAAGACCCGGCUUGCAAGUCUGGAGAGGGAGAACAGCAGCAUCAAGAGGAAGCUUAAACACUACGAGGUCAAGUUCCCUAUGAUCAGUGAGUUUGGAGAGGAAAGGAUACUGUGCUGUUCCUGUGAGCCCAUCAUCAAGGAUACCAGUGUAAUCCAAUCAGAGACCACCAACCUACAACAGAGGAUCAACUCUCUCACUCAGGAGCUCCAGAAGAGUAAGGAAAGAGAGGAGAGGUUGGAGGAAGUCAUCCAGGCUUAUGAGAAGAUUCACUUGGAGAAAAGCAAUGUCCAGAGAGACCUAGACAAGAUGACGACUCUGGCAGAGCAGCAUGUGGAGCAGAUAUGCAGUCUGGAGUCAGCCGUCAGACAGAGAGAAACUUCCCUUCAGAAACUCAGUGCUCAACUCCGCAGCAAAGACGCACAUCAUUCUCAACUCCAUGCCAGCCUGAACGUACCCAGAGAGGGCCGCGGUCCGACGCUGCAGAGCUCCCAUAGUUUGGAUGCCCUGUCCGACCUCAAGCUGCAGCGCCUGGAAGCCGAGCUAGAGGGGGCAAGGCACCAGGCCGAGGGAGCCUGUCAGAGGGAGAAGGAGCUGAGGGUCGAGUUUCAAAGGCUGCAGCAGGAGGUAGCCCAGCUACAGGAAGCACAGAGACAGCCACGGGACCUGUCCACACACUGUGAGCACUGUGACGUAGAGUGGAUAAAGAAAGCUGGGGAUGAACAGGUGAACCUAGCAUUAGCCUACACAGAGCUAACAGAGGAGUUGGGUCGUGUUCGCAAUCUGGCUGUAAAACAGAGUGACCUCCUGCAACUUGUCUCACAGGACCCUGUAUCUCGUCUUACUGCUACUCCUCAGCAUCUCUCCCCAACCUCCUCCCAGCGCCCCUCCCUUUCCCCUGACCGGCUCCUCCCCACCCCCUCUCCUCCUCUGUCCCCAAGCGACGGCCCCGCCUCCUACUCCCAUCAGCCAACCUGCAGCCGUCUACGGGCAAAGUUCCAGGGUCGCCGUAGUUACUCGGAGGUAUCUGACCCGUCUGGUAUCCACAGACCCCGAGCUCGGCUGAUGAAAGAUCCAGUAUCCACCCUCCCCAAACCCAGGCCCCUCCUGGGGGAGAUGCAGGGUUACGGCCAAACCAAAUCUCAGCUACGUGCCUCCUUGGUUGGCCUGGUCAGACCGGCCUCGGCUCACGGAGCUGGAGGGGAGAGAGGAGGUGGGGGAGGAGAGAGAUGUGGUGGUAGCAGUCUGAGCAGCAGUCCACGUCACUGUGCCCUGGACCUGGGCUUCCCUCUGGCUGCUGAGGUACAUCACUUCUGUCGCCUUGAUGACCCGCCUGAGCCCACCCCACUGGUGACACCACCACAGUCCUCUGAUGAUGAAGAGGAUGUAUGUACAUAUCUAUCGCCGGCUGCCAGCCCGCCUCGGACACUUGGUGCAAUUGGGAUUGGCCCAUCAUCGCCCAGGGAGCAGCCCCUACACCCCUCAUUCCCAUCUCCUAGGAAACAGCCCCGCCAUCCCUCCUUCUCGUCCCCUGAGGGCCCUGCCACUCUGUCCUGCCAUCUGCCUCCCUACACUAACACUGAACAUGCUCAGUCAUGGCCCUCCAUUAACUUAUGGAUGGAGUCAGAAGAGAGUGCUGUUCGUAGCUGUCCUCUGUGUCAGCUGACCUUCCCAACUGGUUACCCUGACGACGCCCUCAUCAAACACAUCGACUCCCAUUUGGAGAACAGCAAGAUCUGACUUUUUUUAUCAAGCAUUUUACAUUCAUGUCACCAAAGAUGGACACCAGACCCAUCUUGAUGGUUUUCUAUUUAGGUUUUAACCAGGUAUGGUUUGAUGAGCCUGCAUGCUUCUUUCUAUGGAACUUCUUACAAAGCUCCAUUUCAACAAUUCUGUAUCAAAUGGUGUUUUUUUUUUUUCUUUCACAACCAAACUCUUAAUUUGUUCAUAGACCUGAUUGCAAAAGAAAUAGCAGAUGUAGAAAGACAACAGUGCUGUAUCUCUCGACACAGAGACAGGAGCUGCUGAAGCUCCAUUGUUAACGUCACGUAUGCUGGUCUGAGAGUAGCCCUGGACGCAGAAGACGUGCUGGAAACAUCUCCCAGAUGCAAUGUCAGGAGCACCUGUUGUUUUCAUGUCCCAACAUGCAACAAACCACCUGGAUGUCACCACUUUCAUGUUAGUUUGUAGAGGAUCAAAUUGACUAUUUUCAAAAGAUUUCUGGAAUAAAGAAUUGUGAGCUAAAAUGAUUCACAGGUUAAAUAAUUUAGUUAGUAAAAUGAUAGAAGGAUAGAAGUAACAACAAUGAUGAGAGUAAAAGAGGCCAAUCCACUAGCUAGUGGAGUUCAAAAACAAACUAUAUGUAAACUUGAGUGUAAAAUGCUCCAAUGGUAAAACAUACUUUAAUGAAAAAUUAAGAAGUACAGCAAAAAAGCACCUACUGCCAUCUCUUGGUGUGGUAAUGAAAGUGCCUUGGUUAAACCACAAUCUUUAUUUUGAGACGGCAAAGAACUAUGAAAGCCCAUUUCCGCUACUUAAAAACAAUACACCACAUACUUUCAUUGUAAAAUGUUUUUUUCCCCUCAUAAUUGUUACUUAUUAUAUUUUCAUUAUGACUUAGUAUUUUAUGAUUAUGGAAAAAAAAAUACAAUGAGAUAUCUAAUUUAUUAUUAUAAUUUAUUAUCAUUAUUGUCAUUUCAUAGUUUUUUCCUCUCCUUAUUAGUACUAAGUGAGAAAAGUUCUGACCUUUCUGGACAACUGGUUAAUAAUUUUGUGAUACAUAAUUAUGAAAAACUCUGGCAGUUUUACUCUUAUGAUUAUGAGGUAAUAACUUUAAUUUUAUAAAGAUGUUAUAAAGGUUAUGAUACUUUAUCACAUAAUUACUUAUAUUUAAUGUAUUACAUAAUUCCGACUUGAUAUUUCAUAAUUAUGGGAAGGUUUCUUAUAGUUAGUUGAAAAAGGAGGUUGCACUUCAACAAUGGAGAUUCUUGGUGGUGUGCUAAACCCAAAAAUUCAAUAGGCAUCUUCCAAAAAGUAAAGAAAAGGUAGCACAUCUCAGGUUCCCAAGUUAAGGAAGAAAAAUACUUAAUUUCUCAUAAUUAUGAGUCUCAUCAUUUUCAAAUAAAUAUUGAUAUGAUAGAAACUUUAUAAAUUACCUCAUAGUGUAUGGCAUAUCUCAUAUGACUUAAUAUCUCGUCAUUAUUUGAAACUAUCAUUUUUAUUACCUUUUAUCACAUAAUUAGAGGUAGGAAUCAUUAGUUUUUCAUAUUCAUAUUUCAUAUUUAUUUAUGAGUUUUACACAUUUAAUUUAUCUAAGUUGUGUCGAUCUAUAGAAAUACAUUUGCAAGAAAAAUAUAACAUGUUUCACAAUCCAGUUUGACUUUAUAUUUCACAGCAGAAACAUUCCACCCUCAGAAGUUUAUCUAUUUUGGUUUUGGAGAAAUGCAGCUCCACAGGUUAUUCAUGGUAAAAAGACAGUAAAGCCAUAUGACUGAUCACUGUAUCUCCUAUAUCUCUAUGAAUGAUCACUUCCGUCGCAUCUGGGCUACUGCAAAAAAUACCAGGACUCAUGUUAAGAAAGUAUGGGCAGAUAUUUGACUGCCUGAAACUGAUUUUCUGACUCUAACCCCCAAUUUCCACCAACUGCAGAACGGCUGUGGAUCUGCUCCGGAACGGUGGCAGAGUCAAUAGGUUUCCAUUAAAGUCAAUGUGUGUAUUUUUACUGACUGCAGAACGGCUGCGUUCCAACUCCGUCCCAGCUCCGGUGAUCCGCAGCCCUCCAAAGCAAAUAGGCAGAGCUUUUAUUUUUGCCGGAUGACUGAGACCUCCGCAGCAAUUCAGCAAAGGGCAGAUCGUGCUAAACAGGAAGUUGAGCACAGAAACAAAAUAAAACAGCCGGUUAAUUUUCAAAAUAAAAUACACCUUGCUCAUGGCGGAUCAUAUUUCCCUGCACUACACCUUGAAAACGUCAUAAUGGGCGGAGACAGGUUUUGUGGUUCUGUUUAUAGAAACUACAUCCUGUUAUAUCGCACGAUCAUACGUGAUUUGAAAGAUCUCGUGGAUCCUCGUGACUUCAACUCUCCGUUCCGCAACAAAUCCGGAACUAAUGGGUAAUAAAGGACGGCAGAGCACGGAGUCGACACGCAGCGGAGCCGUUCCGCAGUUGGUGGAAAUUGCGGGUUAGCUGUUAUUGUUUCAAGGAUGAAAGAAAAAAAUUGUUUAGCAAAACAAAUAAAGUGAUCUAUUAUACUUUUGGCUCGUUCAGGUGGAUUUACAGUGUGAUGAGCAGCAGGUCAGAGGUUCACUGUUUUCUCAACGACACAUCACCAGAACCCUUGGCUGUGUCUGGACACACACUGGCUGUUGGAAAAUCAAGCCAGCCUUUUGUUGAUUUCAUUGGAUUUGAGUUAUUUGUCUCUGAGAUUGUUGCUACCACUUCAAUAAAGUGGAGAUGAAUGGAAUUUCAUUUGUGGUUCUCACAACAUCCAAAGGAAACAACAUGUAAAUCAGUUAUAAUUGUCAGGCUGCCUUGAGCUAAAUGCUAACAUCAGCAAUGCUAAUAACAACAAGCUCUGUAUGAAAACUGUUUGUUUGUUUGUUUGUUCUGUUGGUUAUUCACAGUAACAGAGACAUGGUUUCUGAGUGAAAUUGUUACGGUUGAUUUAUUUCUAAUCACCUCCAUUGUAUUGGGGUGGAGGUAGACAGCUAUUAGAAAACUGUCCCAAAGGAUUUUCUUUUUUUAGGUUGCAAUCUUAACAUGGCUGUGUGAAUCAAACCACACAGACUCCUUUUAAAAACAAAACCUUAUCAUUUAAAAUCAGAUGAUCUGUGCUUGUUUAAUGCUAUACCCACUUCAUUAGCCUCAGUGUGGUGAUCUGUCUCCGUCUGGUGAAGGGACAAGGGAUUACAACAUCUGCAAAGACAAACAGUUGGAUGUGAUGCUGUUCUAAUGGCCUGCACGAGAAGUCUGCCUUGGAAGCACUGGAUUUGGACUCUCAAUGUGUCACUUGCUUGACACAGAUCACAUCUGUGUUUCAUCUCAACACUGCAUUCAGUAUAUUAAUGAGAAUGCAUGCAAAGUUUUCUGUAUCACAGUGGAGUUACUCUUCUGGUAUGUGUUGUCCCAAAUUAAAAAUGUGGACAUGA